AUGGCAGCUAAGGCAGGCAACGCGAGCGUGUUAGGUGGCAACUCGAGUGGCGAGUUUAUUUCAGUUGCUGGUCUUCGUGUUGAUGGUCGUCGUAGUGAAGAGGUUCGUCGCAUUCGUAUGCGUUUCGGCCUCUUUUCGCGCGUGGACGGCUCCUCGUAUUACGAACAGGGUAAUACUAAAGUGAUAGCGGUAAUUUAUGGACCACGUGAGCUGCGUACGUCAGCUACAGGAAGCAAUACAGCAGCCGUGGGAACGGGAUCAGGUAGCGCUGCAAGCCAUACGAAUCCUCGUGCCUCCAUCAACUGUGAAUUCACUCAGGCGGCUUUUGCCACGUCAGAGCGCAAACUGCAGCGCAGCGGCGACCGUAAAAAGCUCGAGAUGUCGCUGGCCGUCAAGCAGAUCUUUGAAGCUUGCAUCCAAACACAGCUCUAUCCCCGCUCAGAAAUUGAUAUCUUUGUACAAGUAUUGCAUGCCGAUGGUGGAAAACUUCCGGCUAGUAUCAACGCCAUUACAUUGGCGCUUAUUGACGCAGGCAUUGCACUUAAUGAUUUUGUGGUGGCAUCAUCCGCGGGGUAUUUGCAACAAACAAUGCUUUGUGAUCUCAAUUACGCAGAGGAGGUGGCAAGAGCACCGCAGAUGGUCAUUGCCUUGAAUCCACGUACGCAAAAGCUGAAUUUGCUACAAAUGGAGUGCAAACUCCCACUAGAACUAUUUGAGAGCCUUAUGGACGUGGCUAUGGAGGGUUGCAACCAGAUUUACGACCUGCUUCAAAACGCUGUGCGGGAAAACACAUGGAAGCGCUUACGUUUUCGUGGUUCAGCAGUUGCAUGA